AUGAAAGGUGUUGUUAAACUACUCGAUUUACCUGAUGAAUUAAUAUUAGCUAUUAUGAAGAAAGUAAAUCCUCAAGUAUUAUUACUUUGUUCUAUGAUUGAUAUUGGUAAUAAACGUUUGGAACAACUUGCAUUUGAUAGAUGUUAUUCAAUUGAUUUAACUUUUGAUUAUGUUCAACCGAUAGAAGAAUCACUUAUGGAACGAUUUUAUUCUCAUGUCAUGCCACGUAUUGGUCAUCAUAUUCAAUCAUUAACAAUCAAUAUUUAUCAUAUUUCGUCUAUUAAAACUUUUGUUGAAAAUAAUUUCCAUGGAGCUCUUCCAAAUCUGACGCACUUAAAAAUUCUAUUGCAUGCUAAACAUACCAAAACAGGCAUACCAUAUACAAUAAGUAACUUAUGA